UUCCAGCCCGACUCGGGCCGCACCCAUGUCUCGUCUCAUCCCCCGGCGGCUCCACCGCGCCGUCUCCGCCGGCGGCGCGACCUCCUCGAGCCCCUCAAAUCUCCGCAGCAGCGACGCCACCACCGCCGCCACCUCAAAUGCGAUCGUCAGCCUCGUCGCGGCAGGCGGCGACGGCGGCAGCCUGGAGGCGGACCUGGACCGCCUCGGCCCGCCCCUCUCCGACGCCGCCGUGUCGGCGGCGCUCCGCGCGCUCACGGAGCGCGGCGUCCCCGCGUUCCGCUUCUUCGCAUGGCUCUCCCGGCACAGGGGCGUCCCCCCGAGCGCCCGCGCCCACAACCUGCUCGUCCAGAACGCCGGCAGGCUGGCCGACUACCCCACCAUGGCCCGCGCCCUCGACCUAGUGUCGGCGCGACGGCUCCCCCUUACCGAGCAGGCGUUCUUGUUCCUGGAGGCCGCCGCGAGGUCGUCCUCAUCUGCGAGCAGCGUGGAUGACGCGGUGAGGGCGACUCUGACGGUUUUGGAUGGUGCCGGUGGCCCGUGCCGCGCGUCCGGCGUGUUCUCGCUGGUCAAGGCGUUGGCCUCGAUCGGCGAGUUCGACGCGGCCGUCUGGGUGAUCGAGGAGACGGCCAGGAGAGCGAGCUACUACAACGUCCUCUUGGCUGCCAAGUGCAAGGCUGGUGACUUCCGGGGCGCCCGCGAGGUGUUCGACGAAAUGAGGAAGGGGAGCUGCGGCCCAAAUGCCAACUCCUGGAACUACCUCCUCGGGUGCCUGCUGAAGAAUGGCAGGGCCACCGAAGCGUGCGACCUCGUUGAGACCAUGGAGAGGUCGGGACACGACGACAUCCCAAACUCACUGUCGUACGAGAUCCUCACAUACCAUGCCUGCAAGGCGGGGAAGAUGGAUUCGGCAAGGCAGAUUCUCGAUCAGGUGUUCUCAGAAAAUCUGACGCCGAGGAUUACAAUCCACACAGCCUUCAUCAAAGGGUACUUCUAUACUGGGAGAAUCAAAGAUGCUUGCGAUUAUGUGAGGGCUAUGAGCACCAGGGAUUCACACUCCACCAACAGGAACUACAGCCUGCUCGCCAAGCUGUUGCACAGGUCGGGGAGGAUCGUCGAGGCUGGAAGUGUCCUGUAUGAGUUGAUGGAGAAGGGCCUCAGGCCUGACCAUUCUGCUUAUGUUACAGUGUCCAAAGGUUUGCACAAGAUGGGAAGGGGAGAUCUGUGUGCUGAAUUGAAGUCCUUGUUUCAGAAUUUCAUUGUACAGUCAGCUGGUAGUGAGACCCAAUGGCAUCCCCGCUGGUGCUACUCAAGCCAGGAACUGUCGAUGAUGCUCCGGCUUCUCCAGCUGCUCAAGCCGUGGUUCGGCAGCCUCCACCCGCUCCUGCAGUUUCAGAUGGUGCUGAGCACCUCCUCCAAGGCCAGAGGACGUCCAGAUGGUUCUUGGAGCACACUUGAGCCCACUCUGGCCGACAAUAUGGUUGGCGGAAACCAGAUGCUUACCAGUUCCUCGAAAAGCUUCCCCGGUCACGCAAUUCGUGAUCCUCCCCGCAGAUUAAUGGCGUUUAUGCCGCACUCCCAGCUGGUGCUGCUCGUGUCGCAGCAGGGGAAGCGACCUUGGAAUUAUCUUGGGAGCUCAAGAAUGUUUCCUAAGCACCCGACUCAUGAAUCCGGACAUCCUUCAAGAAGAAAGGCGCAGCCUGCAAUAUCAUGAUGCUGUGGGCUGGAAUCAAGACCUCGGCUGUUGAAUAGUACCGCUGUCAUAAAUAUGAUUCGGUUUGUAUGCUGCUCCAAUCGAAUUGAUCAAUA